UAAACUCUGGCCUGAGCUCGGACUAUCAUUUAUCCAACACGGAGAUCAACAUCAUGGUUUUUUGGGUGAUUGUCAGUCUGCUCCAGGAGGUUCUUGCAGUUGCAGGUGUGGCCCUGGACCCCUGCUCUGCCUACAUCAGCCUGAAUGAACCGUGGAGGAACACGGACUUCCACGUCAACCGGACAUCUGCCGUGCCCCUGUGUGACAGCCACGUGUCUGGAGAAUGGUACCGCUUCACUGGCAUGGCUGGAGACGCCAUGCCCACCUUCUGCAUCCCCGAGAAUCACUGUGGCACCCACGCUCCCAUCUGGCUCAACGGCAGCCACCCUCAGCCCCGCGACGGCAUCGUCACCCUGCCCGUCUGUGCCAGCUUCAACGACAACUGCUGCCAGUGGAGCGCCAGUGUGGAUGUGAAGGCCUGCAGCGGAGGAUACUUUGUCUACCGCCUGCCCCGACCCUCAGUCUGCUUCCACGUUUACUGUGGCCAUUUCUAUGAUAUCUGUGAUGAGGUGGACUGCACAGGUCCCCUGUGUCCUGAGUCUGACUGUCGCUGUGCACCUGGAACUGUCCUGGGACCAGACGGACAAACAUGCCUGGAUGUGAAUGAAUGUGAGAAGAACAAUGGCGGCUGUGCAGAGGUGUGUGUGAACACCAAGGGCUCCAGGCGCUGUGAGUGUGGGCGGGGCCGUGUGAUGGACAAGGAUGGACACAGCUGCAGAGAGACGGCAGGCUGCCAUGUCAACAAUGGAGGCUGCAGUCACGGAUGCUCCUUGCUGCUGGACACCUAUAAAUGCAGCUGUCCCAGAGGACUGAGGCUGGGAGAGGAUCAGCACACAUGUGAGGUGCCAGUCCAGUGCGAUCCCAGCUUAAUUAUCGUGUCAGUUCCAAAGGACCUUGUAGGAGGAUUGGAGCUCUCCCUGUCCAACUCAUCUUGUCGCGGUGUCUCUAAUGGCACACACAUCAACCUCAGCUUCAGCCUCAAGACCUGCGGUACAGUGGUGGAGGUGACAGAUGACAAGAUUGUGGGCACCAACCUGGUGACAGGCCUUCCUAGGAGCAGCCCAGGCAGCAGCGGGGACCUGAUAGUCCGCACCAGCAAGUUAGUGCUCCCUGUCACCUGUGAGUUCCCCAGGGAAUAUCAGGUGUCAGACGAAUACCAGGCAAGUCCGCGAAGCUCAGCCCUGGAGCUGGCAGGCCACAGUGAGGGUGUUUUCCCCUUCUCCCUGGAGCUCUUCAAGAGCGCAGAAUUCUCAGAGCCGUACCGCACCCCGCCCCAGCUCCAACUGCAUGACUCCCUGUUCUUCGGGGUGGAGCCUAAGGAGAGAGUGGAGGGCCUCUCGGCGCUGGUGGACAGCUGCUUCGCCACGCCAGGGCCCAAGGCUGACCAGGCGCUCAAGUAUUACCUCAUAAAAGACGGGUGCAUCUCUGAUGAAACUGUGACACAGUACUCAUCGAAGGACCAGCUCUCUAAGCACUACCAGGUCCCUGUCUUCAAGUUCAUCGGCAAGGACAACCGACAAGUGUUCCUCCACUGCCACGUGUUGGUAUGUGGUGCAGGAGACUCCCGCUGUGCUCAGCACUGUCGAGGGCGUGUCCGCCGAGAGGUUCGAACCAGCGAACCUCAGGAGCAGCACACACUGAGUGGAGGCCCCAUCUUCAUCCUGCCUGAGCCGUGAUGCUCGAAUAAAGCUAUGUGCUGGAGGCAGAAGACAUACUCAGAUCCUGUACUUCAGUAAAAGCAGCAGUGCAACCAUGUAGGAAUACUCUGUAACAAGUAAAAGUAGUGCAUGUAUAUCAGAGACUGACAGAUGUAUCAGUUGGCUGAAACUAACAGCCUACAGUAGGUUGGCUUAUCAAAGAUAUAUCAGUUUUGUCCAUAUGUUAUUCAGUAUGCACAGAUGGCGCUUAUUUGUGGAGAUUAUAAUGCAUAAAAAGCUGUUCAGGGUAAAUGAUAAUUACUACAUUUCCAGUUAAGUUUACUAUUUCAGUGCACUGAUGUCAAGUUCAUUCAAUAAAGUUUAUUGUUAACUGUCA